UGUUCAGAAUUCCUAGAUACUGUUAUGAUUUUAUCACAUUCUUUACAUACUUCUGUAAUUAUGUUAAAAUCAGUGUCAGUAAGGAGGAAAAAGUCACGUCUUUCCUUCCUCUUGCUUUCUAUUUGUGUUCAAUUUAUCCACAGUGAAUUUUUUAUUCGUAUUUAAAACUUUUUUUAAUAUAUUUUAUUUUUAGAUGCAUUAAACCGCACUUGAAAUCAUUUGCACUUGGUAUCUAUACCCUGGCAAUAAGAGUACUUGCGGGAAUUCCAGCCCCAGUGUAUUUCGGAGUGGCUAUAGAUACCACCUGCCUGAAAUGGGGAAGCAAAAGAUGUGGGGGAAGAGGAGCGUGCAGACUCUACGACUCCAGUGCACUAAGAUCGCUCAAUAAAGAAAUCAACUAUGACGACGGAAACCAAAUCCAACAAUGUCAAUGGCUCAAAUCAGGAAGCAGAUCCUGCCCAGCUUUUGGAUGAUGAAGCAAACAAAAAUUUACCAGUCAAAAAGAAGACUUCCUGUUGCACUGGCUUGAAGGUAUUUCUCGCUGCUUUAUCAUUCAGCUACUUGAGUAAAACUUUGUCUGGUACAAUUAUGAAAAGCUCCAUCACUCAGAUUGAACGAAGGUUUGACCUGACCUCUUCUACUGUUGGGUUCAUCGAUGGGAGCUUUGAGAUGGGUAACUUGCUGGUGAUUGCAUUUGUAAGCUACUUUGGAGCUAAACUUCAUAGGCCCAAAGUAAUCGCUGUUGGAUGCUUCACUAUGUCUUUGGGAAGUUUUUUAACAGCAAUGCCUCAUUUCUUCAUGGGAUAUUACAAGUAUGAGACAGCUUCACAUACAGCUUCUUCAGCCAACUUAACUUCACGCAUCAAUCCCUGUUCCCUACAUCAAGGUGGGAACAAAACCUUGUUGGAAGUCUCCCAACCAGGCUGUGAGAAGGAACCGUCAUCAUAUAUGUGGAUAUAUAUCUUACUGGGAAACAUGUUACGUGGAAUUGGUGAGACACCAAUAACACCAUUGGGGAUCUCUUAUAUUGAUGAUUUUGCUAAAGAAGAGGAUGUUCCUGUGUAUGUAGCAUGUUUGCACACAAUAGCCAUGUUGGGCCCAAUGUUUGGUUUCCUGUUGGGAUCUUUAUGUGCAAGACUGUAUGUGGACAUUGGAUUUGUGGAUUUAGGAAGCAUCACAAUCACCCCACAGGAUUCCCGCUGGGUGGGUGCAUGGUGGCUUGGUUUUGUGAUAGCUGGAGCAACCAGUUUCCUAGCUGCUAUUCCAUUUUGCUUCCUGCCAAAGAGACUGAAAAAGCCAGAGGAAGCAAAUAAUGACAAAACUUCAUUUGGUCUCUUGGAAAACAUGGGCGCCACGAAGAAGAUGCUUCCUCCUGCAAAACCUAAGCCAAGGAGGUGUUCAGAAAUAUUGAAAGGUUUCUGUACCUCCCUGAAAAAAGUAUUGAGUAAUCGAAUGUACUUUACGCUUUUGUGUUGCUCAGUGUUACAGUUCAAUAGCUUUAUUGGUUUCUUGACUUACAAACCAAAGUACAUGGAACAGCAGUAUGGACAAUCUACAUCUAAAUCUAACUUUCUCAUAGGCUUGACAUCCUUACCUCCUGUAAGUAUUGGGAUUUUCCUAGGAGGGCUCAUAAUGAAAAAGUACAAAAUGAGCAUCAUUGGAGCAACCAAGUUUGCAUUUACCAUGUCAUUUCUGGCUUAUGUCAUUGCUCUUUCACACUUUUUUGUUGGCUGUGAGAACCAUAUGGUAGCAGGAAUGACAGUAUCCUACGAAGGCAAACCCAUUCCAUACCAUGAAAAUUCCAUAUUUUCUGAGUGCAACUCUGACUGCAAAUGUGCCUCCAAUGUGUGGGAUCCUGUGUGUGGAGACAACGGGCUCACGUAUGUUUCUGCAUGCCUAGCUGGGUGCACGGCUUCAGAGGGACAUGGAAAGAACACGGUCUUCCAUAACUGCAGCUGUCUUGCAGCCAGCAGCUCGUGGACAGGAAAUAACUCUGUCACCUUGGGGCAAUGUCCAAAAAGUGAAGAUUGUUCCAGGAAGUUUAUUUAUUAUACAGUAAUACAGGUCAUAAGUGGCUUUUGUUACGCAUUGGGAGGUACCCCGGCAUACAUGAUUAUGUUUAGAUGUGUUCAGCCAGAGUUGAAAUCUCUUGCAGUUGGUCUAUACACACUUAUGAUGAGAAUUCUAGCUGGGAUUCCAGCACCGGUUUAUUUCGGUGCGCUGAUUGACAAGACGUGCUUGAAAUGGGGCAGCACAAGCUGUGGGCAGCGAGGGGCCUGCAGGCUGUACGACUCCGAUGCGUACAGGUAUGUCUUCCUUGGUUUAGCAGCGCUGUUAAGAGGUCCUUCCUACUUGAUUUCAAUUGUUUUUUAUAUAUUGGUAAAGAAACACUUUCAAAAUAAGAACUCCACACCUAGAGAGAAUGGAGGAAGAGAAGAUGGUCCUAUAAAUACAGAAGAUAAUUGCAAGAUCAAAGAACGUUUGCCAGGUUUUUCUGAUGCAGAGAAUGAAUCGUGUAUUUAG